AUGAGGACGUCAUUGGGCCAGAAGGUGCUGCUGCUAGCGUGGAAGAUGGAGGCGCAGCGGAUGGGCUUCUUUUCGCGGGAGGAAUUCAGCAGGGGGCUCAGGGCGCUCGGUGCAACAACCCUGGACAAGCUAAAGAAGGCACUGCCAAAGUUGGAAGAGGAGGUGGACUCCAAUCCUGCGGCGUUCUCAUCCUUCUUCACCUUCGCAUUCAAAUUCUGCCUCACGGAGCCGCGGCAGAAGAUAAUAGACAUAGAGACGGCGGCGCAGAUGUUGGCGAUAGCCAUGCCGCCCAGUGAGCCGCACCUGGCGCCCUUCACCAGCUUUCUGCAGGCCCAGCAGGAGUACAAGGCCGUCAACCUCGACCAGUGGACCAGCUUCCAACGCUUCGCCGAGGAGGUGAGGCCGGACUGCAGCAACUUCGAUGAGAGCCAGGCGUGGCCGCUGCUGCUAGACAACUAUGUGGAGCAUAUAAAGAAACAUCAACAGGAGACAUUGUAG